UACUCGUCUUUAUCUAUGAUCAGUGCUAUCGAUUACAUCGAUUAGACGCCUUGUCACUCGUAACCUUGAAAUUGGAAACUACGCCAUAAACUCUCCUAGCCCUCCAGGCGAUAUUCUGUGCAUUAAAUCACUUGACUUAACUGGAAACUGUCCUGUACUCGUCAUAUUGAUGUCUGUUUGGCGUGUGCGAAGGUAGGUGGCGAAACCCUCAGACCAAAAACUUGGUUCCGCGCAAGUCAAUAUGAGUGAGCCCCCCAUGAGAUUGACAAGGAUCUCAUGGUUUUCAUCACAAUCAUCUUGAGGGACUUUGGCGUAUACCGGGGGAUUUUUGAGGAGCAACUCUUGAUUGAUGAGGCUAUUUUCAAAAAGAGAGCAGUUUUAUCAGCCAGGACAAUAUGGAAGUCCGCACCUACUUGUGGCAUGUGCAGAAGCUAAUUCGAGCGGAAGAAACUCGCAGUUAUCUCCAGCAGGAAUCGAUCUGCAAAAUUGUUACAAUACUGCACAAGGAAAUUAUUGCAGCCCACCUGCCCCAGAUUCUCAACAAUGRCUYUAAGCGCCUGAUGGACGAUAAUGCUCUGCAGGAGUUGAAGCUACUUUAUCAAUUAUUCGGCAAAGUGCAAGGAGCGAUUAAAUGYCUGACUGAAGAAUUWGAAAAAUACAUCCWAAAGCUAUGCUUGACCAUUGUUGGCAAAUCUAGUGAGAAAUUCUUGAUUCAGGACUUAAUCGAUCUAAAGRAUAAGCUGGAUGAAAUAGUACUUCAGUGCUUCCAAGCCAAUCCCACUUUCAACGACUUGAUCAAGAACACCUUCCAUAAAACGAUUAAUACGGAAAGUGGCCAAUCUGCCUUAUAUCUCGCUAGGUAUUUUGAUGGAAAAUUAAGAGCGAAGAAUAUCACUGAGGAGAAUUUGGAGGCCACGUUCAACAAAGGCAUGAUUAUGUUCAGAUUUCUUCAAAGCAAAGACAUCUUCGAAGCUUUCUACAGAAAAUGCCUAUCGAAAAGAUUACUAUUUGGUAGAUCGACCAACCAGGACAUUGAACACAGCAUAGUUCUGAAAAUGAAGAGGAAUGCGGUGAAGGUUUUACAUCGAAAAUCGAAGGAAUGCUGCGCGAUAUGAAUCUCAGCAGAGAUUAACAGUAACUUCAAAGAGUUUCUAUCAAACACCCAGCACAACUUGUUGGACAAAUGCGACAUUUCAGUACUCACCAGUAGUUUCUGGACCAAGAUGACUUCAAAUUCCUGCAUUAUUUUGCCUGAUGAUCUAUUGACCUAUCAGGCGAUUUUCGCUAAAUACUACACGUCCAUCCACAGUGGGAGAAAGUUGGAUUGGCAACCUCAUUUGGGGCAUUGCAUUCUAAGGGCCACUUUUGGAAGUGCUGUUAAGGAGCUGGUGGUUUCCUUCUUUCAAGCCAUCACUUUGCUGUUGUUCCAAGAGAGCAGUCGACUGACCACAGCAGAAAUCGAGGAACUCUCCAAAAUGGACAGGAAAGACCUGCUGAUGACGUUGCAUUCACUUUCCUGCGGAAAAUACCAAAUCCUUGUCAAACAUCCUCCAAAUGGUUCGGUUACAAUGGAAGACUUGUUCGAACUCAACAGGGAGUUCAAGGAAAAGCUGUUUAGGAUAAAAAUCAACCAGGCACAACUUAAGGAAUCAGUAGAUGAGGUGAAAUGCACUGAAAGGCGAGUUUUGGCGGACAGACAAUUUCAAAUAGAUGCAGCCAUAGUGCGGAUACUGAAAAGCAGGAAAGUAAUCACUCACAAUGAACUUGUGAGCGAGUUGUUUAUGCUGUUGCAUGUACCGAUGUGUCCUCAGAAUCUGUCUAAUUGGGUUGCUGAUUGAAAAGGAGUAUAUUAAAAGUGACUGUAAUAAUGCCGCUACUUACACGUAUGUCGCAUAAGCCAGGAAAAUGUUUUGUUCAAUAAAACCCAACUCAAGUUAAA